AGUGGUGAAAGGAAAACAUGUGAAACUGCUGAAGAGCCAAAAUGUCACGACUGCAACUAUGCCAAAAGACGUCAGGAAAAAAUAAGAGUAGGAAUAGAUUUGAUGAGGGAAAAUCAAGAACAAAUUCGAGCCAGGCAGAAUCAAACAAAUAUUGAACUUGAACGAAUGAAAGUCCAAAUAACAGAGAUAGAAAGGAAACACGAUGUGAUAAAUGGUAAAGUAGACCAGUUAAAUGAAAAUGUUAACCAGGUUAAACAAGCACAAGCAGAAAUUAAAAGAGAUCAAGUGGCGUUCAAAGAUGAAAUGAGGCAACAGUUUCAGACAGUGACCGACUUGUUAAACCAGUUGUUACAAGGGCCCAACAGAAACAUUAGACCACAACCUCCGGAAAUGGAAAUGGAGUACUUCCAGCAAUUGAUAAAACAGAGGUUAUCAUCAUGGGUGGUUGGAACGCUCCAGGAAGAGACACAAUAUUAAAUACAGUAGAAAUCAUCAAUAUGACAGAAGGAAAAUCCGCUCAGCUGGCCUGUAUGAAUCACCCGAGGGUAGAGUCAGCAUCGUGUGUCUACAACAACGAUGUGAUCGUGACAGGUGGGUAUGAUGGUCGUGUUUGCAUUGAGAGUAUAGAGAUCUUAUCGAUGGACCAGCAGCCUUUGCAGUGGAGAUUGUUCGAUGGUAAACUCCCAGCCAGUUUGUCUAGUCAUUGUGUCGUAAUUUACAAAGAUAAACUGAUCACAAUUGGGGGAAUGAACUCUACUGAGAACAAAACAUCAAACGCAAUCCAUGAGACUUCUCUUUUUCCACCCUACACUUCAAAGCGGAUAUUUAAAAUGAACCAGGCAAGACGAAACCACAGCGCAGAACUUGUUGAUGAUUUACUGUUCGUUUUGGGAGGAACACACACAGGUUUGAGUGCAGAUUCCACUAACACUGUAAUGUCUUACGAUAUUGCUCAGAAAGAACGCAAGCGAUGCGAAUCGUUACCUUAUCGU